AUGAAAGGAAAAAGGUACGAGUUUAAGGUCGAAUAUGACUCAUAUGGUCAUCAUAAGAAUUAUUCUAAAUUUUUCUUACGCGAGGAAGAGAUAAAGCGAUUUAGUUCGGAGUUAUUAGUGAAAUACUUGCAUGAAAAAUGUGACAUUCCACCGACUGAGCUGUUGCGUAUUAGAUACAUGGACAGAGACAAGGAUUGGAUUGAUCUAAGAUGCGAUGACUUUGACUCAUUAGUGGAUAUGAUCGAAACAGCUGAGCCUAUUCCAGACCGCGAAGAUGCA